AUGACCAUAGGAAGAGGAAGCUCCGCCGUAGUCUACCUUGCAUUCCACCAUAGCUUCCCCUCCGCGACAUUAGCCGUCAAAUCCGCUAAUCUCUCUUCUUCCGCGCUUCUCCAACACGAAGAAGCUGUGCUCAAAAAUCUGCAGGGAUGUCCCCAAAUCAUCCGCUGCUUCGGCCACGAUAUCACCGCUGAUGCCUUCAACAAACCAAUUUACAACGUUUUCCUUGAAUACGCUUCCGGCGGCUGCAUUUCCGGCACCCUACCAGAACCAACCAUCCGCUGCUAUGUUGGUUCCAUCCUCCUUGGUCUUCGACACAUCCAUAAUAUGGGAUAUGUCCACUGUGACAUCAAACCAGAUAACAUCUUAAUUGUCGACGGAGAAGCGAAGAUCGCCGACUUCGGUCUUGCGAUGAGGGUGGGAAAGGAAUCCUCCAAGGGAAACAUAAGGGGAACGCCGCUAUACAUGGCUCCUGAAUCUGUUUCAAGGAAUGAGUACAAUGCGGCGGCGGACAUUUGGGCUUUAGGAUGCUCGGUGUCGAAAAUGGCUUCAGGCCGACUGCCUUGGCACAAUGUCGAGGAUUCUGACCAUGGAAUUCAACAUCUGUUGUUUCGAAUCGCGUUCAGCGACGAGCUACCAGAGAUCCCCCUGGAGAUGUCAGAGGAGGGAAAGGAUUUCCUUCGUUGUUGCUUCCAAAAAGAUCCCAAGGAUCGCUGGACCGCAGAAAUGUUAUUAAUGCACCAAUUCGUGACCUCAUCUUCAGAAUUGGAAUUAGACGUAGAAGUCAUUAAUUGCUCUGUUUUGCACCAGACCCCCAAAAGUGUGUUAAGUUACUCAUUCAUCAAUCCAAUAAUUCCACUGACUCCUCCGAAACCUUUGAAACUGCCGGAUUCAUUUCCGAUUUUGGAAGCGGUGGGAUGCACGAGGUAG